AUGGAAGCUGCAGAGACCUCCACCAUCUCGUCGGGGUCCUCUUCUCCGACAUCUUCAUCUGAGACCGCUGCAGCGACAUUCCGCGUAGCGCGACUCAUGGCUCUGGCUGCAGAGGAAAUCGAGCAGAAGGCUCGCAUUGCCUCCUGGUGUGCUACAACUGAGAUCGUACUUGAGGUGCUGGCCUGGCUGGUGGUCCCCACGGCAGCUUGGUCCACGACUCCUUGGAUGAUCGUCUUGGUCUUCGCAACCAUGCUCCUGGCCAGCUCCCUCGAAGAAGGGAGCCGGGUGCUUCGGAAUCCGCUCCUCGCGCUCAUUCCCGGCUUUCAGGGUGCCUUCGCCCCAUCAGUGCCGUCAAGCCGAAGAUUUGCCCAGCUCUUGGCGCUCGUCCUGCGCCUCGCUCCGGUCCUGCUUUUCCUUUGGAUCCAGUCCUGGGAGCCCGUUUACUUCGCAGACGCCCGCGAUGGCGGUGACACGUGCGCAGCGCUUCCUGCAUGGCUGCAGACCCCCUGUGGGAACCGAAAAGUCUCCGCAUCCAGCUACAUCGCCUGUCAGAAGAGGCUUCCUUGGUACGCGAACAGCUGGUGCAACGCCCGAGCUGCUUUCGUCAUAGGUCAGGGUAAAAAACCUGCUGCCGCUGCUGCGGGCUCAGCUUUGUUGCUGACGCCUCCCUUGGCAUUGACCCUGCUCGCUGCUUGGAGGAUUGGCAGCUGCUGCUGCCCAAGGACGCAGCUGGAGCCGCCACAGGAUCCCGCUUGGCAGGACUCGGGCGAGCCCACCAAGCUGCAGAAGUUCAAGGUCAUGCAGGCCUUCGGUCUCUUUGUGGCCGACAUCGCCUCUGACUUCAGCUGCUUCAUCCAGUUCUUGACAGGGCACCACUACUGGUUUGCUGCCAUCGCCCUGGCGACAUUUUUAGGCUCCAUGCUUCAGCAGCAUGCGCUGGGCUUGAAAGGUCUGUACCACGAGUUCUGCGCAUCCCUCAAGGAAGGCCAGCUAAGUGACGGCUUUCUGGCUGCUGCGCGAACUGAGAAGUCCCUCGAAGCCCCUGCAGCGCUGCUUCUGCAGACGUACGCAUACCCUUUUGUGUCCAUGUCGAGCGAUUUCGCCGUCUACAGCUUUAGCUUCUCGAUCCUCCUGAGUGUGUACUCAGUCGCAGGUGCCGCAUAUGAGCUCCUUUAUGUAGGUAGCCUCAAGGAGCUGGAAAAGCAUGAGUACUCAGAGUUGCGAAACUUGGCAGCGACCUGA